CCGCUAGAUGGGUACAAGCUGCCAGCACUUCUGGCUAGAACACCUCAACACACGUCUUACCCCUCCAUCCGUUGUUCGACAUGACGCCAACUGGCCGUCACGUACCCGUCAAGUUCCGCCCGGUUGCCAACGCGGAGGUGUUGGCGAGUUGGCAAAGCGGACACGCCCGCCAACUGGCUCCAACUUUGUGUGCCCGGUGGUCCAUACUUUCGGGGCAAGUGGAAGAGCCUGUUGGAGACCCUACAAUCCGCCCUGUCGAUCGCUGCACACUACGCAUGUCGUGGGCUCGUGGUUUGUUUCUAGGUUGGAAUCCCCAUCUUCCGACUGGUCAGAAGCAGACUCCGAUCCUUGCGGGUGACCCGUCCGCGCCUCCGCGCCGAGUCAAGCGUCAGGGCUGGAACCGCGUGGCGGCGGGUUCCCUUCGGUGCCUCUCGAACCAGUCAAGUCUGUUCCUGUUUCUUUUUGCCUACUGUUCGGCAGUAUGCCUAGGUUCCCGUACGUUGCGUUGCGUUGUACCUGCAUCCGCCGUCAGCAGCUCAGAGGUCAUCCUUCUCAGCCCUUGGGCCUUGGCCGCCGAGGCCAACCCUCCUUCAAUGUUCCUUCAAGGCUCCAAGAGGCACAGCGCCAACAACAACUCCCGUGCUGGUGGCAUAGGUCGUGGCCGACGCCUUGCCGAUGUACCGCCCCUUGGCGCCCUUCUACUUGGGAGUCGGGACCUGAACCUUGGAUUAGCACGAGCCAAAGAGCGUUUGGUUCCUGAGCCGUUCCUGUCAUUAAACCUAAUCCGGGCCCCUUGGCGACCUAUGAGCGAUUUUCACCCCCUGACAGAGCGCACCCCCCUUUCCUUGUUGGGCCUUGGCCAUGCUUCCUCCUGGCCUUUUCUCCGACUUUGGCUGAAUCUAAGCGCCUAAAAAACUGCCAAACUCGA